CAGUCUCGCGGUCGUCGCCACUCCGCGCGCACGUCCGCGCGCCCUGACCGUACACGAUCAGCUGAUCGGCGCUCGCCCCGCGGCGCACAUGCCGUGAGGCCGCGCCCGCCACCAUGACGGGCUACGCCCGCGGCGAGGCCGACUUCGCCGCCGCCGACCGCUUCCGACGGGACGCGCGGCCCGCCUCGCUCGCCCCCAAGGACUACUCGGUGCCUUUACACGUAGACUGCAGUAUCGAAUACGAGCUUCCCGACUGUGCCAAGCCGCCGCAGGGCGUCAAGAUCGAGCCGCUGCUCAUGAUCCACCCGUCGCACUUCCGGAGGCUCGAGAGCCUGCGGCGGGUCCCGUUCGUGAACAACCUGCCGCGAGGAGACGCCGCCGCGGCGGCCGCGGUGACGCCGACCAGCCGCGCGCGCGCCCCUCGCCAGCCCCGGCGCUGCUGCCGCGCCGCCCCGGCGCCGCCCGCGCCGCCGCCGCAGCCGCAGCCGGCGCAGGCGCAGCGCCAGCGCCUGCCCGAGGAGCCGGCGCGCCAGCUGGCGUGCUACCGGUUCUCGUCGUUCGCGCCGGAGGCGGCGCUGGCGGCGGGCGGCGGCAAGGUGUCCCGCGCGGCGGUGCGCCUCAAGCAGCACCCGUACCUGCCCGCGGAGGCGCUGGACUGUGAUAUCGCGCGAGCGCUGCCGCCCGCCGCGCCCUACGACCGCUUCGACAAGCGGGCGCUGCAGCAGCUGCCGAUCUACAUGUAGCCGAGCGGCGGCGCCGGGACGGCCCCGGUCUCUGUGAUGUUUCGUUGUAAUUAGUUAGAGUGAUAAGUGCCGGUGCGGCGCCGCCGACGCCCGCCCCGCGUCGCGUCCGCUCGGCGCACCCGGCGCCGCCGCGUCCGCGAUGAACCCGAUACCAAAUAGUACCUAUGUGCGUUGAUAUUGUUUGAACGUUGAUUUAUGUGUUGUUGUACCGGACGAUUGUGAUGUGUCGUUCGCCGAGGACCCGGACCGUUCGCGUUAUCGUUUUCCGGCACCGGCGAACCCCGGAUCGCCGGACCGCGGGACCCUAGUGCAUACCCACCAACGAAAAUAUUUAUUCGCAAACGCAGUAACCGACGCUUCGCGAUUGAAUUAUUGUACCGUCGCCGAUUCGUUGCGUAUUUCUGUAUAAGAUAUCAUAUCGAUAAAUAUAUGUUCAAAAAUUGUAUUAUAAUUAAUAUGUACCUAUAGAGUAAAAAAAAUGAAAGUGAGAAAAAUAUUACGAAUAAUACUAGAAAUAGUUAUGUUUUCGACUAGGUGAUGAGUUCUAGAGCAGUCCCGAGCGGUAAACUAGAAACGUAUCUCUACUCUCAUUUUGUAAGCGGUUAUGUUUGUUAAAAUUAUAUAUAUAAAGAGUCCUCUGAUGAAUAGUCUGAUUAACGAAUAUUCGGCAUGUAAAAGUCUUUAUAAAACGCUUACUUAGCAUAUCAUAGUAUUAUAUUGUGUCAUAGUCCAAUGCCAAAAAUAUAACUAUCUUUUUACAAAAAUCC